AUGUCUACACCUGAGAACCAAUCCUACCUGGCCGCCGGCAUCAACAAGCUGUCCCCCUGGGGUACUCGUGCUGGUAGCCCGGUCACCAAACAGCAAGAUGCUCCUGAGCAAUCCUCUGGCGACAUUGGCCUCAAGCAACAGCGUGGAGGAGACCACAAAGUCAGCCAUAGACACCGUCUGAGUCUGAAGCGCUAUCCUCGAGACUGCCCACCCCUGCGUGUCCAGUGGUUCUUCGCUGUCGACAUACCAAAGCGGAAACCCAUCUACUCCGACAAGCCUCUGGGCAAACCAGAAGGUGUUGAAGCUCCUAAAGCUCUUCCAAAAAAGUACGCUCCUUUCUCCAAGAAGGACUCGCGUGCCAUCGAGACCGCCUUCCACAACUUAUCAAAGGAGGAGGAUGCUGCCGAAAGGAGAGAACUCGAGAAUUCCGAGGACAUAACAGAUACACAACAUCUUGGACUCAAGUCCCAUCACGAUUCCGCCAAAGUGCCCGUCAACGAAGACUACCUUUUCGAUGUGGACGUUGAAGAGAGGGAGCUGGCUCCUGCUUAUUGGCUGGGUCCGGUCUACGAAGUUCGUCGAGGAACGUGGUUCUAUCAGGAGGGUGCCGUUCAGAAGCCUUGCGAUGAAAACCUGGCUGCUCAGCUGGAAGAACAAUACCUGAAAGCCACACCGUGGAGAUGGAAGAAACAAGAGCCGACAAGGUCCGCUUCACAAUCUCGCUCUGCCACUUCGUCACCCCUGGCCUCCAAAGGAUCUCUUCCUAAUCUUCGAGACCAGAACACUAAAGAUGCUGAGGAUCCACAAUCAGCUCACCGUGUUCAAACGUAUCGCCUUUUUGGCCCGCACUCAAAUUCCGUCGUGACUUAUCAAGACACCACGACUGCAUGGAUCUUGACUGAUGACUUUAUAAGUCGGAUGAGCAGUGGUGUUUAUAGACGCUUUGCUGGAGGCGCUCAUUACGCUGGUAUCAAGGUCACACGUGGUUACGUCGUUCAAGCCAAGAAGGCCGAAGACAAAGAUCCGAAGGCGGACCCAGACGCUGCUUCUAAGCCCGCUACAGUAGAUGUGUCUUCCAAAGAGUCUGGCAAAGGCAAAUCACCUGCUGCAGAGGGUGGAAACAAACAGGACAGUCUUCAUGCUGAAAUUGCAAGUCCUGAAUCGGAAAAACAUCGGCAAACUCUGGAGCAACAGAUGAACUCUCUCGUUAAUGCCGGCCAAGAAGACCCUCAAAAGCAGGAGGAAGAGGUCCGGAAGCGUGACGAGAAGGAAAUCCAGGAUGACUACCGUGACAGAGAAGGAGAGCAACAAGAUCGAGAGAUCGAGCAUCUUCUUCUGGUCACUCAUGGUAUAGGUCAGCGACUAGGCCUACGCAUGGAGUCCGUAAACUUCGUGCAUGACGUUACGACUCUACGAAAGACACUCAAAGCAGUCUAUGGCGAAAGUGCUGACCUGCAGGCGCUGAACUCGGAAGUUGAAUCUUUGCCUAAGAACUGCAGGAUCCAGGUGCUGCCAAUUAACUGGAGACACAAGCUGGACUUCCCCAACCGUGCCCUUAAGCACAACCGAAAGGAACAUGAUCUCGCGUUCGGUGGGUUCGGUGAGGAGGAGGACUACCCCAAUCUUGAUAACAUCUCGGUUGAGGGCGUACCUGCGGUUCGAAACCUCAUCACAGAUCUGGCUCUGGAUAUUCUGCUGUAUCAGAGUCCAGCAUACAAAGAUGCCAUCGCAACUAUUGUGCUUGAAGAGUGUAACCGGAUUUACAAGCUGUUUUGCGAACGCAAUCCUUCGUUCAAAGGAAAGGUCAGCUUGGUUGGUCACUCCUUGGGAUCUGCCAUCAUGUUCGAUAUCUUGUGUCUGCAGGAGAAGCAUGAAGCUCAGCAAAGGGUCUCUAGCAAGGCUACACGCAAUCCAAUGAAGCUGGACUUUGAGGUCGAGGACUUCUACGCCCUUGGAUCGCCGAUCGGCCUUUUCCAAAUGCUCAAAGGCCGCACGAUUGCUGCCCGAGAUGCGGGACAGAGUAACAACAAGUCCAGGGAAUCUUCGUCGAACGCCUUCCUCGGCUCCUCGUCCUCAAGCUCCGACAAUCUGACGGGUAUGGGCACGCAGAAUUCUGACCUGCCUGUUUCCUCGCCAAAAUGCAGACAGGUCUUCAACAUUUUCCAUCCUACGGAUCCUAUCAGUUAUCGCAUUGAGCCUCUGAUCUCUCCUGCCAUGUCGUCUCUCAAGCCACAGCCACUGCCCUACACAAAGCGAGGCAUUUUCAGUACCGCGACUGGUCAGGGUCUUACAGGUAUUGGCGCUCGUGUUGGCCAGAGCGUUUCUGGCCUUUGGUCAAGUUUCAGCUCUGGCAUAGCAAGCAGUCUGCUGAACCGCAGUCUUGGAUUCACGGCUGAAGAUGCAGGCAAACUUGGAGGGCCCGCAGGUAUCAGCCAAUCUCGCACUCCACUAUCACUUGGCGCAGGAACAAACGUAGCAGGAGGUAUAGUCCCCACAGCGCCAUCUACGAACACCAAGAUCGACAAGGUCGACGGGGACAUGAAAGAGAAACUGGCUAGUGAUGCUCAGAGAGCAGACGAAGCUGGAGAACGGCCACCAACCCUCAUCGACGCUGAAUUGGAGACACUAUAUGCGGGCUUCCAGAAUACACGAAAAAGUGCACAGGGUGAUCUGGAUCACGACAUGGCGGAGAGUGAAAGAGCAGAAGCGGAAGAGCGUGGACGUAAGCUGAAGAAAGAAGAGGCCAAGGUUCGAGCAUUGAACUCGAACGGAAGAGUCGAUUAUAGCAUCCAAGAGUAA